AUGAAUCGAGAACAUAAUCUUACCAUCGAUACUAUUGCUGCGUCUCGUGGUAAAAGGAUAACAAACAAUGUUAACGAUUCAUCGGCGAAUAACAAGGUAGAAGGAAAGGAAGAGAAUCGGAUAUUGGAGGACUUUGACGAUGACGAUGACGAUGACUUCACUUCAUCCCCUUCGGUUAUCGAUGAAGAGAUUAAUUAUGAUCUAGUUUACGCCUUUCACAAUUUCACAGCAACAGUUGAGGGUCAAACAAGUGUGGAAAAGGGUGAGCCGCUUGUACUGUUAGAUGAUUCGAAUAGUUAUUGGUGGUUGGUUAAGGUUUUGAGAAAUGAGGAGGUUGGCUAUAUACCGGCCGAGAAUGUUGAGGCAUCCUCAUCACAAAACAACAGUGAUCGAGAUUACUCUCUUGAUUCGAAAGAUACUGUUAAAAAGCAAAAGGGGGUUAAAUUUAAAUCAAUGGAAUUUAUCACAAGGAUAGAGUAUGAGGAGGAAGAUGAGGAAGAAGUAUUAGAUUUCUCGGAUUACGAGGAGAUGAAAGAUUCAAGUGAUUCUAAAGAACAAAAAGAUGAGGCGGUUGAUGGUCAUGAGGAACCAGUUUUGGAGCGACGAGAAAGUGUUGAGAGUGUGCUUACCGAAUCCUCGACAUCGACGACAACAACGACAGCAAGUCAAGAAGUUAAUGUGGUCACAGCGCAGAAGCCGGGAAUAAUUAUCGAGGUUGAGCAAACGCAACAGAAAGUUGCGGUCACAAGCGUUCAACCAACGGAGAUCAAUUCGUCCACGGAGCAGACAAAUUAUUACCCUCGUUCAGAUCAAAAAGAGAGUUCGACCGAAAAUAACAAUGUGAAACAAACUGAACCCGUAAAUCCCAUAUUUUCAUCAGAGAACAUAUUUGAUCAGUCUUCCGAGACGAUUAAGAUGUCACUAACGCCCGCAUUAGGAAGUGAUUUCAUCGACUUCUCGGAUGAUGAGGACGAAGAGCCUAAACAAAAAACCGGCAAUAAAUUCUUUGGAAAGGGUGAUAAUGAUUCCUCGAAAGUAAACAAUUCAUCGUCGAAUAACAACAAACCGGUUACGACAGAUAAAAAGACAAAAUCUAGUAAGAAGGAUGAGGAUUCUUCAAAGCAAUCCACGAAUUUGAAUAACCGUGCCUACGGACGGCAACAACUUCCACCUUCACAACUUCCGCAGUCAAUAAAUGUGCAACCCUCAGUUCAACCGUCAGCACAAAAAAUGGUGCAACAGCAACAAGUCACGAAUUCAAUUCAAUCGCGAGCAUCAUCAUCAUCGCAGCAAUCCGUGAAUAUGACAACAAUUCAACAGCAGCUCCAAUCCGCACGACCAGGCCAACCGCCGACACGAAUACCAUCACCACCGAAGUCCACACCACCAUCACCGACUCAAACUCAACAGCAUUCUGUACAACCAAAUCAAUCACUAAAUUCAACCGCGCAACAAUCAAUCGGAUCGAGACCAACGGAGAAACUCAGGGAGUUUGAAACUCGACGACCAAAUAGUCUCAUGAUACCCGCUAAUUCAGCAUACAGUGUCGUUCGGAUAUUUGCUGGUCAACAUAUUUCGUCCAAAGUCGAAUAUAAAAUUGUUCUUCUUAGUCAAGUAACGAAUACAAUUUCACUCAUAAAACAAGCGUUAAAACGUUUCAAUCUGGACAGCGAAGAUAAAUGGGACGACUACUAUAUAACUAUUAAAGAAUCCGACAGAGAACCUCAUCACCUGAUGCCCCAUGAUUAUCCAUUGGAAAUAUUUGAAACCCUGACCUCAUCAUAUCUCACACCGCUACCGACCGUUAAGCGAGCUUCCAUCUCAUCGGUCUCCUCAAACUUUUCGAAUUUAUCGACUCAUGAGGCGAUAAGUAAGUUGUUGUUCAGAGAUGACAAGAACUUGGUUUGUCUAUACUUGAAUAAGAAAUUAAAGACGGAUGGAAAAACAAAUUCCAUGGAGCCGAAGUUUCGGGUGCGAGUCCUUGUAUAUUCUGAUGACCUGCCAGCUCACCUGAGACAUAAGGGGACGGUGCCGAGGGUUUCGAUGUCCGUGCCUAAGCAUCUGGUUGAGAAGGCUGCCAGAAGAAAAUCGAGGGAAGAAGGUAAACCUCGGGAGAAAGCUGUGAACGUGACAGGAAAGACUAGAAUCGGUCAAAUCGUUGAGAAAGCGAUGUUCAAGUUUGGAAUCAGUGAUGGUAUAGUGGAUGAUGGGAAACCGAUAUUGGGAUCUGAUGACGGCAAACCACGAUAUUAUCUGACGAUGAUUGUCGAUGGGGAAGAAAAAUAUCUCCGUCCCGAAACGAAUGUGAUGUCAUUCUACAAACCUCCUUCCGAUCUUCGGCAUUUUUCCAUUGAUUCCUUGGAUUCAACUUCGUCCUCAACAUUUGAUUAUCAUCCGGACGAACCAAUAUUCGUUCUCAGGCUUUUACGUCCAGAAGAUCGUCAGAAGCGUGCGAUGCCUCAAACUGCAUCCGAAGACAUAAAACGGUAUACACAAAACGUUAAUCUCACUCAAAACCUGGGCGACAUGAAUUCCACUCCCAUGCCAUCCGUUCAGCUGCCAACCAGUGACAAUGCGGCCGAGGGAGCAGUAACAGAAAAUGCCGCCGGCGAUCAAUUGUCACGGAAAAAGCUGAUCGAACAACAGCGUGAGUACAGCCGUGCCAAACAGAGGUCAAUCCUCGCGGCACGUAAAAAUGAAGAACAAGGCAUAGACAUUAUCACGAGAGCCGGCGCGAUUCGAAGUUCCCGUAUAUUUGGCGCACAAGUUCGGUAUUCAUUUAUUUCCGCCGAUGGGGAACAGGUUGACAUUAGCGACCUCAUUGAAGACGUGUGGGGUGACGAUGAACUGGCAGCCAUCCCAGAAGAUUCACUGGACUAUAACGACCAAUCGCAAAAUGAAUCGUCUCAUAAUGAUGUCGACAAUACUCUUAGCAAUAAGAGAGCGAGUAGAAGAAAGAGUAGAACAGCAGAAGUUGACAUAUUGGAGAAUAUAGUUAAGAACGGUGAGAACGGUGAUGAUGCGGAUGAAACGGAAACAAUUGAGCAAAGGAUCAACCGAGUGAUACAAAAAGUUAAAGCUGGUCAGUAUGGGAGGGGCGAAAUUCCUAGCUUCAGUGCGGCAGUAAGAAAUAAAAAUGCAGAAAAUCGAUCUCCCAAGUUGGGCGAAAAUAGGGAACAAUUAUCACCUGUGUCAACACCGGUCCAACAAUCACCGAAUAUAUCGUCGACACCAAAUCGACUAUCCAACGAUAAACGAAAUUCCGUUAUCUCAAAUGAUGAAUCAUUUGAGUUGGAUGCAAACAAGGAUUUCAAAGAUGGUGGUGCAUUCGGACCAAUACCAAUUGACGAAUCGUCAAAUUCUCCGAACGAACUCCCUGAACCGGAAUUAAUAAGUAGCAUGGAUUUGGAACGUCCUGCUUCAUCUGUUUCAAAUCGAUCGGCGAGCACCACGAACUCGGAAUCUGUGACACCCACCAAAGAAUUGUUCACUUCCACUCCGCUACGUACGCCGUCAACCAAAUCACCUAUCCCCGAUAGUGAUUGGAUAUUGUCGGAUGAAUUCGGAUUGCAGGAAUUAUUGGUGCUUGUUCGAUCCGGGGUGAAUAUGUUGGAGAUCAAGGAACGGCGAAGAAGCGGUUGGAAUUUAAAUGAUGACCCGGAAAAAAUUUUGGAACAGAUUAGUCCGUCGGAAAUAAGGGAGGAGAUUAAGGACGUGUUUGCGGGUGUUAAUGACGAGCUAGAUAAGAUGGAGUUGCAACAGAUAAAAAUCGAAUGUAACAUUCUACCUAGACUUAUCCAGAUUGCCAACCCACCAUGGGUAUCUCUGCCUGGCGUGGAUGCACCAGUUUCUUUCAGCUAUUCGACCUCAGUGGUUAGCCCACUCGAUAAUUCCACAAUAUAUCUGAUUGGCGGUACAAUGACGAAUCCUAAUACAAAUGCGGCAGAUUCUAGUUCUGCGGUAUAUGCAUUGGAUACCGUUAAUAAAAAAUGGAGAACGCUUAAUUCAAAUGCCAGUGACUUAAUGGGGCGGACAGGAAUAGAAGGUGUGGUAGACAAUACUGGGGAAGUAUAUAUUUUUGGUGGAAACAGUAAUUCUACCCUUCAUAAUGGCACCAAUAUUCUGAAUCUCAACACGGAUGCUUGGACAAAUGUUCAACAAACCUCUCAACCAGCUUCAUUUGAACAUUAUGCUGCAAUACUUUUGGAAAAUGGGAUUAUUGUUUAUAUUGGUGGAGCAGGGUAUAUCACCAAAGACGGUCAAAUUGUUAUUUACGGUGGAACGGAUGUAUCAUUUGUUCUAGUUACACCUGAACUUUCUAUGUUAAAUACGAGUAUUAUCCCGUAUAAUUGGUACUCUCCGAUCGCCCAAACCGAUCCGAACAGUCCACCAUCUUUGGCUAAACACUCAGCAACAAUGUACGGGGAUUUAAUGAUUACUGCAUUCGGUUUUAUCCCGGAUACACUAGGUGAUACCAAGAAUCUUAAUACCAAAGUGUACAUUUUUGACACUACAAAUUAUUCUUGGGUUGACUCAUUUAUUCCGCCUUCUCCGACUUCAACUUUUCCAUCCACUCCAAACGCUAGCAACGCAAAGUUUUCGCCCGUAACUUCGACCACACCAUCCGAUAAUCAUCGGAAAUUAGGUGGGGAUAAACCAAUUUUAAAGAUCGGUGGAGACAAUGAACAAGAAGUUUUGGAGAUACCGGCCGAUAAUGAUAGGAGAUGA